CUACAUAAUUUGGACUCUAAAAUUUCUAAAAACUCAAAGCCAUGUUUAACCAAGUUGUGUUUCAAAUUUGAAGUUGAUAUCACAAAAAUUGAGCCCGCUAAAUGGUUUUAAAUACGGUUUCAAUGGUAAUGCAACAUCCAAUUUCAAUCUUUUUUUCUAAUUUAUGAUGAUUACUAAAAUAUGUGAAAAAGGAAAAAGGCAAUAAAAAAGCAUGUCAAAUGUCCUGCUAUACCCCAAGUAUUGGUAGGUUUAGGAUUAGGUGUGGGGGAGGGGUUAGGAUUAGGGGUGGGGUUAGAAGAAUUCGGCACAACACCAGCACACUGACAGUUAAACAGGUAAAAUAUGUAUUUUUUUGUAAUCACAAAAAUGUCUUUUAAAUUAGCUAACAGCUUAGCCUACUAGCAUAGCAUAGCAUGAAGUGGUUAAGAAAAGUUCUUCUGAUUAGUUACAACAAGAUAUCACAAUAACGCAGGAUAAGAUCUUUGUUGACCCUAACAUAAAAAUAAAAUGAACAUUAGGAUUUUCAACAAAAAGUUAUUGUAUAAUGUUGAGGGGUUUAUUUCUUAAUAACGAACUGAACUGCACUGUAAGUUGAAUAGGGAAGGCGUAGGACGUAGCGUAAGCGUUUUGAACUGCAAGAGUGUUAUACUUUCUUAAGUUAAAUACAGAAGGCAGAAGCCAGAUAUUUUAACUUGUUAAAUAUGGACUUUUUUUUUUUUACACAAACGCAUCGCUUCGCUUCAGAAGGACUUUAUUAACCCCCCGUUGCUGUGUGAAGUACGUUUAUGAUGAAUGGAUGUGGAUGGAAGCACUCUUCAUCUCAUACUCGUUGGUAUCGCUCACUGCCAUUAGAAAGCUUGAAUGUGUCUGGAUAUUUAUUAAUAUAUCUCCGAUUGUGUUCAUCAGAAAGAAGAAAGUCAUAUACACCUAGUAUGGCUUGAGGAUUACCGUAUUAUUCUCCCUCCAUCCCGCCCUGCUGUGUGACCCCGCCCCCCACGGAGACGUACGCCUGUCUCGCGUCGCGUCGUGAAAACUGAACUCUCGACUUCGGUCGAGAUUAUUAGUCCGGUAACCCAGAAAGUAGGCAAAGGUUAAAGGCCAUCUGAUUGGAGAAGGCAGCUGCUCUCAGUGCUGACGCUUGUGCAAAUGCUUCGAUGUCCAUGAGCGCCGCCCCACCCCCAGAACCUACGCAGGCCCUCUUGCCUCUCUCCAGGGGUAUAUAUAGACUGAGAAGGGAACUGGACAGUCCUGGUAGUCAAAAUGAGGCUUUUCCUCCACUUCUGCUGCCUGCUGUCUCUACUGGCACUCACCACUGCAGCAGAUGCAGUGGGGUCUGAGACUGACCCGCUUGUGCCGCUCCAGCUGAAGUCUGAAGGUGCGCUGUUCAACUGCUGUGAUGGCACAGAAGAUAUCAGCCAAAGCUCCUCUAAUGACACACCUGCACCAAACAGACCUGUCUGCCAACCCUGUGGCACUGGUGCACAUAUUGACACUGCGGCAGAAGAUGUCAGCUCUAAUGAGAAUGAAGAGGAUGAGGUUGUUUCAGAAGAGAAAUCUGAAGAGUUGAGUCAAGAGGAGGCCUCUUCUGAAGAGAUAUUUGAGGAGGAAGCACAUGAAGUGGAGGCAGAAGUUGAGUUAGAGGCAUCCAAUGAAGUGGAGGAGGAGGAAGUUCUUGAGGAGGCACAUGAGGACAUCUCAGAGGAUGACAGUGAUGUAGAGGCACAAAUGGCUGUUGAGGAAUCUGUCAAAGAGGAGAUUGAGGAGGAGGUGGUUGAGGAAGAGGAGGGUCUUCAGACUGAAGAUAAAGCAGGUGAAGAGGAGGAACUUUCUCAGACUGAAGAAGAGGUAGUUGAGGAAGAGGAGGGUCUUCAUAUUCAGGAUGAGGGAGAUGAGAAACAGGUGGUUGAAAAAGAGGCAGAGGUGGUUCCUCAGCCUGAAGAGCUAUUGGAACAAGUGGAAGUGGAAGAGGAGGAAGAAGAGGAAGCUGUAACAGAGGAAGAAGGCGCUCAUGAGGUUGAAUCAGAAGAACCAGAAGCCUUUGUAAAAAUGGUGGAAACAGAAGAGGCUGAGGAACUCGCAGCAGAAGUUGUUGAAUUGGCCCAAGAGGUAACCGAGGAGCUUGUAGAACCAACUCCAGAACAAAUUAUGAUCCAAGAAGAAGUUCCUGCACCUGCUGAAGAAGUAAAGGUGGAAGAAGUGUCAGAUGAUAUACCAGCACCCAAAGCAUCUGUCAAAGUGGAGAAAAAAAACCCCUCAGGUCCUGCCGCAAGAGAUCGGUCUCACAUUGAAGAGACGCUGCGUCUGGCAACAGCUGAACCUUCACGGGAAUUUGUUGAUGCUCUGAAGAAGCUGCAGCAUGUCUACAACUCUGCAAUUAAUCCCUUGGAGAAGGCCUACAGAUACAAUGAGCUCAGGCAGCAUGAAGUGUCAGGUAAAUGGAUGUUUUACAACAUCAUUCCUUUACUUCCACAAAAAAGUGUCAAAAUGAAGCCAUAUCCUCAGUUAAAUGGUCUGCUUUCCUCACACUGUUCAGAUGCAGAGAUCAACUCUAAGCCCAUGGUCCUGUUCCUUGGUCCUUGGAGUGUUGGCAAGUCUUCCAUGAUCAAUUAUCUUCUGGGUCUCGAUGACACUUCACAACAGCUUUACACUGGGGCUGAGCCCACAACCUCAGAAUACACUGUCCUAAUGCAUGGUGAGAAGUUUCGCACCAUUGAGGGCAUUGUUAUGGCUGCGGACAGUUCCCGCUCUUUCUCGCCACUGGAGAAGUUUGGUCAGGGGUUCCUGGAAAAGCUGGUGGGAAUCGAGAUGCCGCACAAACUCCUGGAGCGUGUCACAUUUGUGGACACACCUGGAAUCAUUGAGAAUCGCAAACAACAAGAGAGAGGGUACCCCUAUAGCGAAGUGUGCCAGUGGUUUAUCGACCGUGCUGACCUCAUCUUCCUGGUGUUUGACCCAACCAAACUGGAUGUAGGAUUAGAAUUGGAAAUGCUGUUCAGACAGAUGAAGGGACGCGAGUCGCAGAUCCGAAUCAUUCUCAACAAGGCUGACAGUCUGACAACCCAGGACUUAAUGCGCGUAUAUGGUGCCCUCUUCUGGAGCAUGGCACCCCUGAUUAACGUGACAGAACCCCCACGCGUCUACGUGAGCUCCUUCUGGCCGCAGGACUACUCUCCUGACACCAACAGAGACCUUUUUAAACGUGAGGAGAUCUCCUUGUUGGAGGACCUAAAUCAGGUCAUUGAGAACCGCCUGGAAAACAAAAUCGCCUUCAUCCGCCAGCACGGUAUCCGUGUGCGCAUCCACGCCCUCCUGGUUGACCGCUACUUGCAGACGUAUUAUGAGAAGUUGGGAUGGUUUAGUGACCCACAGGAGGUUUUCCAUGAUAUCGUCAGUGACCCUGACAAAUUCUACAUCUUCAAGUCCAUUUUGGCCAAGACCAAUGUGAGCAAGUUUGACUUGCCAGAACCGGAGGCAUACCGGGACUUCUUUGGAGUGAAUCCUCCCACCGGCUUCAAGCUCCUCUCCUCAUACUGCAGCUGGACAGGAGGAUGCCUGCUGGAGAAGAUUGAGAAGGCCAUCGCAGAUGACCUGCCGGCUUUAAUCAGCAGUUUGGCAAAGAGAAGGGAAGCCAAGGCAGAGGCAGCUGCAGAAACCAAGGAGAAACCCCAAAACCGCUGGCGGAGACAGUAGAAGAACGGAGUGAGGGUUUAUUUUCUACCUGAGGCACAAUCAGUCAGUCUGAGGGCACCAAAACGUUGAAUGAAUGGAUGGAUGAGAAUACAGCUAUGAAUCAACGGUUAUAAAUAAAGCAAGGAAGGGAGAGAGUAAAAGAAGAUUCACAUCAUUGGGAAGUUGUAUGUGGGUCAAUAACGUGACGGGUCAUUUUUUUGUCCAAAAGCCUUAAUAAUAACAAUAAUAAAAAACAAAGAUAUGACAUCCAAAGUAUGUAAGGUAGUACAACUAGAUCUUUUUUAUUGAAUCCAAAAGGUUUUAAUUAUAUUUUGCUACAACUAAAAGGUAUUUUAAAGAUUUUAAAGUGUCAAAAGGUCAUUUGGUUUAACCGUCCCAAGGCCAAUACAUUUCAUUUGUGAUUAAAAUAUCAAAAAUUUAAUAAAAGUAUAUAUUUUUUUAUUCUGGCAUGAUUUUAUAACAUCAUAUAUCAACAUAGUGCAAAAUGGUAUUAAAAUUAUGUGUAGAAGUCGUUGCUUUGUUAUGAGAAAGAAUGUCCAGAAAAAUGAAUUUCAUUGAUGUCAUUUGGAGUAACCAAUAUAAAGGGACCAUUUUGGUUCAAGUCAUGCGGUCAAUAUUAUGUGACAGGAUGUGACAUCAUUCAGACACCUGCAGAGGCCCAAAUGGUCAUGAUAUAAAGUAACUCUCUUUUAACUAUUUAAAAAAUUCAUGUUUUCACUUGCUCAUAUGCAUGUCCCGAAACAUCAGGUCAUUCGGUACAACCGCUAUAAAACAUGGGAAAAAACUUGUACUAAAUAUAAAAUGUUUGAUUGUCCUUUUGCUAUCUAGCUAACAAGCUAACUAGUUAGCUAGCUAGAUAUCAGCCUGUAAGCAUUGUUUGAAAAUAUCAUCAUUUGGUAAAACUGAAAUUUUGGUUAAACCGAAUGACUUUUUUGGUGACAAAUUUUGUCCAUCUUGUAAAAAAAUGACAAAAGCAGUGUUAAUUGAUUAUUAAAACCCCCAAAUAAUCUCAUUGUUAACACUUAAUAAAACUUCAAAAUUAAUUAUAUCUGGUUUUUUUUUAUUCUUUUAAAAACCGUAUUCGUCAGUGACCCAUGUACAGAGACUUAACCAUUCUGUAGGCUAUAAAACAGACUCGAACGAAGGGAAUCAGUGUAGUCUUUCUAAUAUUCUUUUUCUUCCUUGUUCUAAUUUAAUCAGUUUGCAAAACAUUGUUUUACUUAUUUAUACUAUGUUCAGAAUAAAUAACAUCAUAAUAUUAUUUAUUUCUGGUUUGAAUGUCGUUUUAAAAGUGUGAAUAUGCUACAUGUGGUAGAAAGUUUAUCUUGACUGCAUUUCUUCAGUUUCACUUGUAUAUACUGAUCAUUUUCCUUUGUACAAUUCACUGGUGUACGAGUUGUUGGUAAAUGAGAUGAGAAAAUCUAUUACAUGUUGUGUUUGCUCGCAUUACUGCAUGUUAAUACUAUGGUGACAUUAAAUUGUUUUUUUUGUGGCUAAUGAUGAACACAAUAUUGAAAUUAAACUUUAAGAUGAAUUGUGAGACAAAUGAUAAUGAUUUUGCAGCUGCAAUUGAUUCACUUCAAAAUGUAGUUCAUGAGAGGACCCCAAAUGUCCACUAGAUGGCGUACCAUAUCAUUAAACUGACUGCAAUAAAAAUACUGAUCACAGUUCAA